AGCCGAUAGGAAGACUGGGCAUGCUCGGCGGCGGCAGCAGCGCAGGUCUUGGUCACAAGUAGGAAGAAGCCAGUGCACGACACCGGCAAAGAGAAGCAGGAGCUGCACCGUGGCUGUGGGGUCUGUGGCCGCCGCCUGGGAACAGGAGCGGGGCGGGAGCCGGAGCGGGCGAGGCCGCUGGCCGAGAGCCGCCCAGCCUGCCCUCCCGUCUUCUGCCUCUGUGUCCGUGCGGCGCGCCGGACCCCUUGAGCCGGUCACCUGGGCGGCAAGGACCCGCGCGGGGGAGCGGGAACGGAGCGGACCCUUCCUUUCUCCGCCGGCUGUGGCCCGAGGGCGCCCCCGCGGGGCGGAGCAGCUGCUGCCGCCGGCGCCUUUUGCGGGCAGCUGAGUGUCGGUCUCGCGCCCCGCGCCCUGAGCUAGCGGCGGCCGUCAGCCCCGAGGAGAAAGAGGAGGGGGCAGCCAUGGGGCUGCUGUCCCAGGGCUCGCCGCUGAGCUGGGAGGAGACCAAGCGCCACGCAGACCACGUGCGGCGGCACGGGAUCCUCCAGUUUCUGCACAUCUACCACGCUGUCAAGGACCGGCACAAGGACGUGCUCAAGUGGGGCGACGAGGUGGAGUACAUGUUGGUGUCUUUUGAUCACGAAAAAAAAAGAGUCCAGUUGGUCCUGUCUGGAGAGGAAGUUCUUGAAACUCUACAAGAAAAGGGGGAAAGGACCAACCCAAACCAUCCGACCCUGUGGAGACCAGAGUACGGCAGUUACAUGAUUGAAGGCACACCCGGACAGCCGUAUGGAGGAACGAUGUCCGAGUUCAACACAGUUGAAGACAACAUGAGAAAACGCCGGAAGGAGGCAACCUCUUUAUUGGGAGAAAAUCAGGCUCUUUGCACAAUAACUUCGUUUCCCAGAUUAGGCUGUCCUGGGUUCACGCUGCCAGAGUUCCAACCCAACCCACUGGAAGGAGGCGCUUCCAAGUCCCUCUUCUUUCCUGAUGAAGCCAUAAACAAGCAUCCCCGCUUCAGUACCCUAACAAGAAAUAUCCGACAUAGGAGAGGAGAGAAGGUUGUCAUCAAUGUACCCAUAUUUAAGGACAAGAAUACACCGUCUCCAUUUAUUGAAACAUUUCCUGAGGAUGAGGAGGCAGCAAAGGCUUCUAAGCCUGAUCAUAUAUACAUGGACGCCAUGGGAUUUGGGAUGGGUAAUUGCUGUCUUCAGGUAACGUUCCAAGCCUGCAGCAUAUCUGAGGCCAGAUACCUUUAUGAUCAGCUGGCCACUAUCUGUCCAAUUGUCAUGGCGUUGAGUGCUGCGUCUCCUUUUUACCGAGGCUAUAUAUCAGACAUUGAUUGUCGCUGGGGAGUGAUUUCUGCAUCUGUAGAUGAUAGAACUCGAGAGGAGAGAGGACUGGAGCCACUGAAGAACAAUAGCUAUAGGAUCAGUAAAUCCCGAUAUGAUUCAAUAGACAGUUAUUUAUCUGAGUGUGGGGAGAAAUACAAUGACAUCGACUUGACGAUUGAUAAAGAAAUCUACGAACAGUUACUACAGGAAGGCAUUGAUCAUCUCCUGGCCCAGCACGUUGCUCAUCUCUUCAUUAGAGACCCACUGACUCUGUUCGAAGAGAAAAUACACUUGGAUGAUGCCAAUGAAUCAGAUCAUUUUGAGAACAUUCAGUCCACAAAUUGGCAGACCAUGAGAUUUAAGCCCCCUCCUCCUAACUCCGACAUUGGAUGGAGAGUAGAGUUCCGACCCAUGGAGGUUCAGUUAACAGACUUUGAGAACUCGGCAUAUGUGGUGUUUGUGGUGCUGCUUACCAGAGUGAUCCUUUCAUACAAACUGGAUUUUCUCAUUCCCCUCUCAAAGGUUGAUGAAAACAUGAAAGUUGCACAGAAACGAGAUGCUGUCUUGCGGGGAAUGUUUUAUUUCAGGAAAGAUAUUUGCAAAGGUGGGAACACGGUGGUGGACGGCUACGGCAAGGCCCAGAACAGCUCGGACGUGGCCACCGAAGACUACGCCCUGAUGAGCAUAGACACCAUCAUCAACGGGAAGGAGGGGGUGUUUCCUGGGCUGAUCCCGAUUCUGAACUCUUACCUUGAAAACAUGGAGGUGGAUGUGGACACCAGAUGCAGUAUCCUGAACUACCUAAAGCUAAUUAAGAAGAGAGCAUCUGGAGAACUAAUGACAGUUGCCAAAUGGAUGAGAGAGUUUAUCUCGAGCCAUCCUGACUAUAAGCAAGACAGUGUAAUCACUGAUGAGAUGAACUACAGCCUCCUCUUAAAGUGUAACCAAAUUGCAAAUGAAUUAUGUGAGUGUCCAGAGUUACUUGGACCAGUGUUUAGGAAAUUAAAAUACAGUGGAAGUAAAAUCGACCCUUCCAACUAGACCUUCCGUGGAAGGAAAACCACGUGGCUAUUUCAUCAAAGACCUGACUGCUGACUCUGCCCUGUGUGUGGUAUGAAGACCACAGCACUGUUCCUCGGGCCAGAAAUGGAUCUACAGGCUUUCCAUCAGUAGGUAAAUCUAGAGUUUAUACAGUGUACAUGUACAUAGUCGAGUAUUUUUAUGAUUAACAAUGUAUUUUAAUAACAUUGUAUCUAAAGUCCUUGUGAACUGGCUUGUACAUUUUCUGACUCUGGAACACCUAUGGACUAAGCAGUUUUGUAAAUGUAACGUACUGGUAACUGUACUAUACGGCAUUCCAGAGUUUAAGGCGUUGACUGUACAUUUUUGGUUUUUUAAAAGCCUUUACCUAGGACCUGAUUCACUGAAAUUUAUCACUUCACUUUCAGAACAGUUGGCCUUGUGAAUUCCCUCCGAGCCCUGUCCUUUCUUGUGUGCUUAAAGUCACUGCUGGACCCAUUGCACUGCUUCAGGGGUAACCCUGAGUUUCUGGAAUGGCUGAUGGCUUGGUCACCCUCCCUCUGGGUUUUAUCUCUAAGUAAAGUCCACUGAACUGAAGGUACUUUCUUCUUUGCUUAAAUCUGCUGAUUUAGGCAUUAGGAGACGCUCUCUCAAGUUCACCUGUGGUGACGAGGGGCAGUGAUUUUUUUAAUUGUUUGUCCUCCUGUCCACAAGCAGGGGCACCAGCCCUUGCGUUGCGGCCCACAGGGAUUCAUAUUGCUGCUGUCUUUGAAGUUUUUGUCCUGUUACUUUUUCUCUAGUUUCUAGUAAGCGUAUUUACAUUCUUCCAAAAACCAUUCUAGAUUUUACCUGGGGGAUAUUCUACAUAAUGCUUAUCUUCUCUGUGAAGAUCAUAAAUGAAUCAUGAUAUGCACUAAGUUUUGUGAAUCAGGACCCUACGUGUUUAAUUGUAAAUAAGUUUACAUAAUUGUCUUUCGUGCAUUUUGUUAAAGGUUUUUUCCCAAUUAAGUCCUAACUGCUUCUGAAAUAACUAUGUAUAGUUGAUGCAAACCUUUACAGGCAUAAAUAAAGUGUAAUGCUGAUUUUAACAAAUUCCAAUAAAGCUGCUUCAGCUAAGCCUGCGUAUGUAUAAAUACUGGGCUUUGUGCUAUGUUUCAUACAUGUAUUUUGGAGGAUUAAAGAAUGCCUGCUUUCUCAUUUGCAGUUUGGUUGUGUAAAUCAGGUUGUAAAAAGGCAGAUGAACUACAUGUGGUAUGAGGAAAUAAAGAUGGAAUUAGUGUUGUGAAA